AUGUCAAUAUUAGUUUUUCAGGAAGUCAAAAGUGAGCGAAAACCAGAAGAAGUACCUGAGAAAGUCCUUUCCCUCGUAGAUCAUAGCCUCAAGGGAAACGAAACCUGCGACAAUGAGGGAGUAUGGCCCUUUGUUUGGGAUUUUGCUGGCCAGGCAGUAUACCAUGCCAUUCUUCCAAUCUUCCUAUCGCUAGAAGCCAUAUAUGUCCUAGUGUUAGAUCUUACUAAGGAGUUAAGCGCUUCUACCCAAUGUCGGAUAAGACCGCCUAAUCGCGAUGAAAUAGAGGUAAACUCGCCUUACGCCGAGGACACUAAUCUCGAUCACAUGAUGAGAUGGCUGGACUUGGUGCACUCUUUAGGACGGCCAGAUACUAACGAAGUUUUGCCUCCUGUGGUGCUUGUGGGUACACAUGCUGAUGGUGUAAGGGAUCCUUGCAAGGAAAUGGAGUCUGUGGAUAGGAUCAUUUGCAGCAUGGCUCAUCAAGCAACCUUAGGCGAUAUUUUAAAAGAUUCGCUCUUCAUAGAUAACACAAAUCCAAACAGAGAAAACGACCCACAGAUCGUUUCUUUGCGUGCGAAAUUACUGGACCUGGCUAAAGCAAUGCCACAUAUCAACAAGGUAAUCCCUAUGCAGUGGCUCCGUGUGGAACAAAAAGUCGACGAAAUGGUGGAAAAAGGGAUGCAUUAUGUUGGUAAGAAGCGUUUUGCAGAGGACUUUUCUGGAGGCAUUUGCCAGUUUAAUGGCCCAGAUGACGUCGAAGAAUUGCUACACUUUUUACAAGCUCGCGGAAGAGUUAUCUACCAAGAUCUCCCUGAAAAUCCAGAUGGUUUGGUCGUGCUGGAUCCGCAGUGGUUAAUUAAAAUACUAUGUGAGAUAAUUACGUUGAGUCCACCAUGGAAAAUCGACCUUGUUGUUCAGAAAGAUUACCAAGUCCUUGGGAAAAAGGGACUGCUUUCGCAGCAGUUGCUAAAUCGAGCGUUUGAACACCUUGAAUUGAAUGAUAUUAGGAAUUCACUGAUUUAUAUCAUGGAAAGCUUUGAUGUUAUAUGCAACUCUAAGAACUGCAAGGGAGAAGAUUACCCUUAUUUGGUUCCUUGUAUGUUGGAAUCACCAAAGAAGAAUACGAGAGGCACAAAUACGCGCACUGGCCCUUUGCCCGUAUUUCUCACAUUUAACACGAACUACGUUCCAUGCGGGCUGUUUUGCAGAUUGGUUGUACAAUUUUGGGAAUGGACCUCACAAUUAUGUGGCUCCUGUAUGGCCCCUUCGUUGUUUGCAAACGCCGCUCAAUUCACCGUUAGUAAAGAUUACCAGCUCACCUUAGAGUGUCUCAAAACUGUGAUCAAGUUGAAGAUCUGGACACCGCGAGACUCGGAUAAAAUGGAAGAGAAAAGAAUUUGCAAAGAAUUACUGAGUCAUCUGGAGUGUUGCAAGACUAGGCUAAGCUCCACCUGUCCGUGGUUACGUUCAGUCACGAUGAAAUUGUCUGUGAAAUGCUCGUUGUGUGACCUUUGUCCAGAUAAGUGUCGUGACAGAACCAACAUUUGCAUAUUGCACAAAAAGGAAGGCUGCUCUCAUUUUGACUGUGGCCACUACAUUCCGUUAACAAGCUUUGGCCCGAGUUGCGAACACUCUGUUAAUGCUGUUCCCCACUAUCCUGAAGAAAAACUAAAUCCUUGGGUUCAGGGUUUGGAUUCCCACAAACGUAAGAAACGAACUGAAAGUUGUUUAUUGUAUGGAAAAGACUUUUUUCAGGCUUUCCGCUCGAUCGCAAACAAGAGAUAUAAAUGGUAUGUCACUAAAUCCGUUAACGAGACGAUGACAAUUUUUCAUCCUGGCAGAAUAAAAAGAACAAGAAAUCUUCUGUUUGCGUAUGUGGGCGUGCAUAUUUCGUGUAAAAUGAUGCACAGUAGGUAUGCAUGA